AUGAGAACCUCGGACCAGCUGGCAAACACCCCUGCCUCUGCCAUGGAGUUGGAAGGGGGAGACACUGACCCAGUAGUCGAUCAUGUGGCGACAACUAGGGAGUCAAGAUAUCCAGCCAGAGCGAGUACAUCAAAGGUUUGUGGCAGACAUUACCUGUUGACUUAUCAAAGAGGGAUGUAUUUAGCUUUACCCUCCCAUCAAAACAUGCACCUUUUCGCAGAGAGUCCAUUAUUUAUUAUUGACCUAAGAGUCAGAGAAACUCAUUGUCUGUGCAACAUGCCGGAUGAUGGAAGAGAGUACUGGCAGUGUGAAGGAUGCUUUAAAUGGUUCCACCCGGAAUGUGUUGGUGAGUCAGUGGAACCAGAAAAGUACAAGUGCGCAUCAUGUUCACACAAGGUGAGUCAAAGCGGACACAGUUGAUGAGGAAAUAUGCAUCCAGCAUUGGAAGCAAAAUUUUUCUUUAAAAAAAUACAAUUAAUUUAAUGAGGUAGUUUACAUAAUGCCCUGUCUGUUGGUUUGUUUGUUUGUGCAAACCUUAACAUUUGCAAUAACUUUUGCAAUAUUAAAGGUAGCAACUUCAUAUAUAGCAUGCAUGUGUAUCUCAAGGAUCUACACACUUUGAGUUGUGUAAGGUCAAGGUAAUUUUUUUUUUGGUAAAAUUGAUGAAUUAAUAUGACAUCUCUUUGCAAAUUGUUUAAAAAUUAAUACAUAACUUGUUUCAGAAACAUUGUUUAAUAACAUUCGAUUGUCAUUUAUUCGAAUUUGAAAGUUGUCAAAAGUAAUUAUUUCUCCCUAUACGGUAGCUUUAGGUAUAUGUGAUAUGUAAUAAGAAAACUAGUCUUCAUUGCAUUACAAAUUAAUGAAGCAUUCUUUACAUUUGCUUUUAUGACAAAAAAACCUAGUUUAGACUUGUAAAAUUGAUAAAAAUAAUUAUUUGAACAUAAAGUUUGACCAGAGUGAACAAUUUAAACACACAAGUUUAUAACGACGUGUAUCUUGUGCUUUGCAUUUGUUUAAAAGUUGCCUUAUAAUUGUGCGAAGCAUGUCUUCUCAAAUUAAAAAUGCAUCUUAUUCAAAGGUGAUCAGAACUUAAUGUGUUUUUUUUAAUAAUUCAGGGAUAAAAAAAAUCAGACUAAGAAACCAUAUACAAUAAUUCAUAGUCUGUUGUCUUCACAGAGAGAAACUUCAAUAAAAAAAUAUGCUGUCAUUUUAUAAUACCUUCGUGUUUGCCUCACGGUUGCCUAUUGAUUUGUUUUAAAAUAGGAAGUUUAUAAUGAGGUAUAUAACACAAAGAAAUUUCAUAUUUGAAUUAUUUUUAUGCUCCUCUAAAAAAUUCUUGUCUGAGCUUUUUCUCAGCAACUUAUUACGGGAAUUCAAUGAAACUUUAUGGGAAGCUUCACUACCAAGAGGAGAUGUGCAUGUUAUCAGCCAGUUAUGGUCGGAUGAUUUUUCACAGAGUUAUGGCCCAUUGAAAUUCUCCAUUAACUGUACAUAUUGUGCAUUCUUGUUCGGGCUAUUUUAGCAACUAAUGUCUGCAAUUGAAUGAAACUUUAUGGGAAGCUUCACUACCAACAGGACAUGUGCAUAUUAUCAGCAAGUUAUGUUCGGAUGAUUUUUCACAGAGUU